GUUCAGCUUCGAGUCGAAAUGUUGCAGUUCACAAAACUUGCAGUUGUUGUUGUAAGCGUUAGCGCUUUGGUUGUGGCCGAUAUCUGGCCGUCACCGCUCAAGCGCUGUCAGCUGAACGACGCUGCCUGCUACGAGGCUCAGGCGCAGAGCUUCCUGCGCGUCUUUAAGCACGGCAUGCCGGCAUUGGAUAUGCCCAGCAUAGAGCCAUUGCAGCUGGGCACGCUGCGCAUUAACAGCGGUGGUCACAGCAGCUCCCUGCAGUUCAACUUGCUGCUCACCAACGCCACCAUGCACAACUUUGGCAACUCGGUGACUAUAAAGAGCAUCAAAGGCUUUAGCAAAGAUCUAAGCAAGCCACUGAAACUUACCUUCUUGGUCAACUCGCCCAGUUUGGAGGUGCGCGCCAACUACGAUGUCGAUGGCAAAAUACUUAUCUUGCCCAUAGUCAGCAAAGGCGAUCUCGUCAUCAACCUGCAUCAAGUGGUGGGCAAGACGCGCAUUUUGGCGCAGCCCGAGCAGCGCGACGAUGGACACACCUAUCUCAAGAUCAAUGAUUUGAAAACCAUCGCCAAAGUCGGCUCCGGACACUUUAACAUGACAAACUUGUUCGACGAUAAUGUGGAAUUGCGCGAGAGCACUUUAAAGGUCUUGAAUGAUGAAUGGCAAGCGCUGUUAAUAGAUGUACAGCCAAAAGUUUUAGAAGCCUGCGAUAGAGUCUUCAAGGUAGUGUUGCAAAAGCUUUGGCAUGAAAUACCCUAUGAUCAGUUUUUUGAAAACGAAUAGGCUUAAACAUAAAACAUAUUA